AUGGAGAAGCAGCAUGGUGGGUAUGACAAAGUCGGCUGUGUGUCUCGGGACCUAUAUAAUUUUAUUGCUGAGUACAAGAAGCAAAGGAUUGAAGGUUUUGAUGCCCAAUACAUGCUGAACUAUAUGGCUGCGCAGGAAGAGAGAGAUUCUGAAUUCUUUUACAGGUACAGCACAGACAGCGAAGGCCAUCUGCAGAACCUAUUUUGGUCAGACGCGCAGUGGCGGUUGGACUAUGAUGCCUUUGGUGGUGUUGUUGUGUUUGACAGCACGUACCGUGUAAACAAAUAUAACUUGCCAUUUGUCCCAUUCAUUGGAUUGAACCACCAUCGCAGCACAGUUGUCUUUGGGGUCGGCAUUGUAUCAGACGAGACCGUGGCAUCAUAUAAGUGGUUGCUCCAUUCAUUUUUGGAGGCGAUGCACCAGAACCAUCCCAGGUCCGUGAUCACUGAUGGGGACCAUGCAAUGGCGAGAGCAAUAUUGCAGGUAUGGCCGAACACAGAUCAUCGGCUUGCUACAUCCAAAGGAGAGGAGAGAGACAUACGUCUUCGGUGGGUGAUGAUCCUCGUCGACGGCCAACAGCUGGAGUGCACGCACAUGGGGGAACACCUUUUUUCAUCCACUCUUGAAGCGACGCCAGGUGCUUGCCGUACCUGCCUUCCACCAGAGCCGACGCCGCAAUUUCUCCCAGAUGCUUCUCCUCUGCUGAUACGGCAGGAGGCAACCACGCGGCCGCACCUUGCUCCCCCCGCCACCGCUUGCCGCCGCCAACCGUACUAG